AUGCAGCAGGAAACACAGGGUACCUCCUCCACUCUUCCGCAUCUUUCAAAUAGACUGGAUGGCAGAGGUGUUAGAGAUGGUUUCAGGGGAUUGUGGCGAAGAGUAAAACUCUACGACAAACCAGACAAGGGCAUUCCUUUUGACACCGAUGAUGCUAUGUUUCAUCCUCCGGCAUCAGCAAGGCUGUCUCGAUGUCGAGAGGCUAGUUGCCUGUGGAUGCCAUCCCUCCCACACCUCCCCUAG